AUGCAGCAGCUGUGGCCCCACUUUGACAAGCGCAUGUACCUUGCAGGCGUGCGCCACGACAAAAGCUCGAUCGGUCAAGAGCCCCUGCAGAUGCUACAACAGCUUGGAGCCCAUUGGCGCGAGGUAUUCACGGCGAAGCCCUUUCUGGCUGACCAGGCCGCUGACCUCUUGCAGCGCCACGCCCCGAAGUUGCCGCAGCUAGAGUUACCGCCGCCGAGCAGCCACACUCUUCGGAAAAUCCUGGACCGCGUCCGCCCCUCGGCCCUUGGUCCUGAUAACCUGCCCUACGAGGCGUGGAAAAAUGCUCCCAUGGGAAUCGAGAUCCUGACGCACAGUAUGAGGUGGAUGCUCGAAGGCUUCUCACUUGGCGCUGGCUUCAACGCCGCCCUUGGGGCGUUCGCGCCGAAGGGCGAAGAGGGCGACGACGGCAACGGUGGUCUCGACGAGAUCCAAAAAGGUUUUGUCGCGGGGAGGAAUUUCGGGGGCAACAUUAUCGACCUGGAUGUUCGAGCACGCACCUACAGUAUGCAAGAGCCCUCGUUGCACCCGAUUUUGGUCGGGUACGACUUCGGCCAG